AUGGAGUCCGUUUCAGGGAGUGAGGAGAAUGACGGAGGCUCAGCGACAGAGGAGUACGUGAAUAGAAUUCCGGUGCCAAGACCACCCUCCAUUGAGGAGUUCACCAUAGUGAAGCCCAUUAGCCGUGGUGCAUUCGGGAAAGUGUACCUGGGGCAGAAAGGCGGCAAGUUGUACGCAGUGAAGGUUGUCAAAAAAGCAGACAUGAUCAAUAAAAACAUGACUCAUCAGGUGCAAGCUGAGAGAGAUGCCCUGGCUCUGAGUAAAAGUCCUUUCGUUGUGCAUCUCUUCUACUCGCUGCAGUCAGCCAGCAAUGUCUACCUGGUAAUGGAAUAUCUUAUUGGUGGAGAUGUCAAGUCUCUCCUACAUAUAUAUGGUUAUUUUGAUGAAGAGAUGGCUAUAAAAUAUAUUUCUGAAGUUGCGCUGGCUUUAGACUAUCUGCAUAGACAUGGAAUCAUCCAUAGGGACUUGAAACCAGACAAUAUGCUUAUUUCCAAUGAGGGUCAUAUUAAGCUGACAGAUUUUGGCCUUUCCAAAGUUACUCUGAAUAGAGAUAUCAAUAUGAUGGAUAUUCUUACAACACCCUCCAUGGCUAAGCCUAAGCAGGAUUACUCACGAACCCCAGGACAAAUCUUAUCUCUCAUCAGUUCUUUGGGAUUUUUCACACCAAUUGGAGAAAAAGAUCAAGACUCUGCAACCGUGUUUUCAGCCCCUAAGUCUGAAGCACAACUUUCUCAAGGAUUAAUUUGCCCUAUGUCCAUAGAUCAGAAGGAGCCUUCUCAUUCUAGCAGGCUGCUAAAGCCAUGCCUUGAAAGACUUACAUCCAAUCCAGAAGCCCCUGUGAAAUGUCUGACCUCCAAUCUGCUCCAGUGCAGGAAAAGGCUGGGCACAGCAGACACUAGCAGUCAGUCCCAGACCUUCGUGUCCAGUAUGGAGUCAGAGUGCCACAGCAGUCCCGAGUGGGAAAGAGACUGCCAGGAAAGUACCAAGUCAUCGGACUGUACAAUGAGCUGGCAUGCAGUGGAAAUACCUUAUACAAAAUCUACAAAUGCCAUUGAGACAAAAACAGAUCUUGAAUUAGCACUUUCUCCCAUUCAUGACAGCAGUACCAUCCCUGCCACGAGAAGCCAACACGUGAACCUCCCUAGAAAAUGCUUUUCUGAGGAAGUCUCUUGGGAAGGGAGAGAACUGAAUGUAAAUAAUGAGAACAUGACCAUUGAUAUGAGACAGCCUGGUUUCCUUCAGUCUAAUCAGUGGGCUAGAAAUUCUAGUGGUAUGUCUGAAGAACACCUUGAUAAAAGAAAUUUUAAAAGAAAUUUCCAAUUGGUUGACUCUAGUCCUUGUCGGGAAAUUAUACAAAGUAAAAAAAACUGUAUAGAGUGUAAGCAUAGCAAGGGAAUGAUAGGUUGCUAUACAAAUCAAACUACGGGCCUAACUACUGAAGUUCAGAAUCUUAGGCUCUCAGUAGACAGAAGUCAGCAAAAUGACUGUGCUAAUAAGGAGAACAUUGUCACCUAUUUUACUGACAAACAAACCCCUGAAGAAUUACAUAUACCAAUGAUAGCAAAAAACCUUAUGUCUGAACUCGAUGAAGACUGUGAGAUGACUACUAAGAAGGACUGCCUGAGUUCUCAUUCUGCGUGUGCUGUUGAGGAGAGAGCUCCGAAAACUGUGGAUUCAGAUUCAUCUUUUCCUGAAAUUUCCAUGAUGGAAAGUUCACUUGAAAUUCAGACCUCAGAACCUGAUAAAAGCAACAAAGAAUGCUGUUUUGAAGAAUCAAAUAUUGAAGAUCCACUUGUAUUAUCAAACUGCCAAGAAAACUCCUUGUCAAAAGAUGAUUGUCAUACUUCUAUCCAAGAUAAUAGCCAAAUGUUAGCUCCCUCUUUACAGGCAUUAAAACCGCUAACCUGCAAAACAAAUGUUGUAGGUUUUAGAAGCUUUAACAGCCAUAUUAAUGCAUCCAAUAAUUCAGAACCAUCCAAGAUGAGCAUAACUUCUUUAGAUGCUAUGGACCUUUCAUGUGAUUACAGUGGCUCCUAUCCCAUGGCUGUGACCCCGACUCAGAGAGGAAGAUCCUGUGUGUCACAUCAGCAGACUCCAAAUCAAGUCAAGCUAGGAACAUCAUACAGAACUCCAAAGAGUGUGAGGAGAGGGGCAGCCCCAGUAGAUGAUGGACGAAUUCUGGGAACUCCAGAUUACCUGGCACCCGAGCUCCUACUGGGUACAGCCCAUGGUCCUGCAGUAGACUGGUGGGCACUUGGAGUCUGCUUGUUUGAAUUUCUAACUGGAAUUCCCCCUUUUAAUGAUGAAACUCCACAACAAGUAUUCCAAAAUAUUUUAAAAAGAGAUAUCCCUUGGCCAGAAGGUGAAGAAAAGCUAUCUGAUGAAGCUCAAAGUGCAGUGGAUAUGCUGUUAACCAUUGAUGAUACAGAGAGAGCUGGAAUGAAAGAACUGAAACACCAUCCUCUCUUCAGUGAAGUGGACUGGGAAAAUCUGCAACAUCAAACAAUGCCUUUCGUACCACAGCCAGAUGAUGAAACAGAUACAUCCUAUUUUGAAGCCAGGAAUACUGCUCAGCAUCUGACCAUAUCUGGGUUUAGUCUGUAGAACAUACAUAUCAUUUUGAUUUAAUCUUGUAAUAUAGAAUUAAGUUUUGCAAUAUUAUGUUCAAUACUAGAUUGACUUAACAGGAGAGAAGUCACUAUCGUGCCUAGGCUAAUGAACUUUCAAUUAAUGAAUACAAUAGCUUUUACAAAAUUAAAAUACUAUGCGAAAUAUAUGUAAUUUAUCUUUACUAUAAACUGGAUAUAAAUCAUCACAGCUUUUUUUCAUCUUAUUGUCUUAUUUAUUAGCUGCACUUUAUGAAUACUAACGUAUCAAUAAACUAAAACACUACUACUCAAUACAGAGGGAAUGAGCCAUAAGCUUCUAUGCAGAUUUCAUUGUUCUGUUCACUUCGGUAUUAAUAUCAAAUAAAAAACGACUAUUUCAUUUAAAUUUAUUUGUACAUGGUUGCCUGCAAAACUGUGGUCUCAAGACAGUCUUACAAGACAAUACAUAACUGUCAAAAUCAGACAUUGAGCCAGACAUGCAAGCCAGAAGCCCCCAUAUUCAGGAGACAGAUGCAAGACAGAAGUAUGACUGCAAUUUCAAAACUAAGGCCAGCCUGGUCUGUCUCUGAGCUGGAGGCCAUUCAGGACUAUAUAGUGACACCCUGUCUUGUAAAACUUUAAAAAAAAAAAAAAGCUGGAAAACUAUUAGUAGUGUAACUUUGCAGAGUACAGCCUAUUCAAAAGAACUAAGAUUUUAAGGGUUUAGCUUACCUUCCUAGUGAUAGAAUUUUGCUACCUGACUGCUUUUGGUGCUUUCUUCUACAAUUCCUGUUUGUUUAAGAGUUCUGUAAAGGUUGGGUGUGACACUUUAAGCAAUUUUAGUAGCUUGUUCAGUUUUAUCAGAGAAAAAUAGUAAUAAUCUACUUUUAAUAGCUGUAACUAAUGAUUGUCAGCAUCACUCUUUUUGAAGAAUACUAAGAAUCAGCUAAACUAAUUGAGACUUUUAGCAUUUCCCUAGAAGAAUAAAAUUACGAUUUAAAUGUACCAUAGGUAGGUUUUGUUAAUAACCUUUUGCACAUUGACUUUAGUGUUUCUACUUUCCUUUACCACCUAGUCACAGCUCAGCUAUAAUGUAGUUUGCAAAGAUGAGACAAGCCUAGAUCUGUAACAAUAAAAGACACAGCAUAAUUGGUGCUGGGUAUUGAAUCCUUGGGCUAAAGGUUUGACUCUGCCCAUUUUAUAAUGACGACUUAAUUUUCCAAUCGCCCUUUUAAAUAAAGAUAUUCAAAAUAGUUACUACAACUUCAUUUAAAGUGAGUCACACUUUUCAGGUGACAGCAUAUUCUACAGGCUAUUUACUCAAUCUAUAGUCCUUUUCUAGUGUUUUCAAGUAGUAGAAAAAAAGCCUUUGGAAUCUAAACCUGGUUAAACAAUUGUGCUGCCACGGACAGGUUAAUAUUGAGCACUAAUAUAUUGGUGAUUGAUAUAAUUACUUUGGAGGCUGAAGGUAGAGAAUACUUACCUAGUAUGCAUAGGACCUUGGCUUCAAAUUCCAGUAACACACAUACUAAUUACUUUGUAGACUUAGAAUAAGCAGAGUCAGAUUAACAAACUAGGGGUCCAAGGAAGUCUGGCCUCUAAGAACUCUGGAUCCCAGUUAGUUAAAAAUGAGUCUGCAGAAGCAAACCGCUUAUGGCUUCUUAAAGCAAAUCACUGGACAGUUGGUUACAGUAAAAUUUAAUUCUGCUGUGGACUGUUGAGAGGUCCUGACCUCCUUGGGACUACAUGAAUAAAGCACUGGACUAGACAAAAAAGUAUGUCAACAGAUGGAUGAAUAAACAUAGGGAUACAUUUAUUAAAGCAAACAAUAUGUUAUAUGUAAGUACACAGAAGAGAAACAUUUCUUU